AACUUAUGCAAUCGACUAAAAAGUGAAGAAUUAUUAGUUUUUAAUUAUAAUCUUAGACAAGAAUUAACAACUACAGAUACAAAUGAAUUGGAUAAUUAUCUUAUGUUUAAUACUAUUAAAGAAGAUACUAACCUACUAGAUUGGUAG